GAGAGCUCCCCCCCUCUUGCUUUAAUUUUUUUUUCUCCGAUGUGCGGUUUUGGACAUGCGGAGGCUACUACAACCGUGUUGCUGGAUCUUUUUCUUGAAAAUCACCAUCUCCGUGCUCCAUUACGUGGUGUGUUUCCCCGCUUUGACUGAAGGUUAUGAUGGCCCCCUGCAUGAAAGUCGACACGGCAGUUUGGUGCAGAUCCGGAGGCGGAAGGCAUCUGGGGAUCUUUACUGGGCAUAUUCAGGGGCAUAUGGACCUGAGCAUUGGGUUACUUCAAAUGCGGAUUGUGGGAGAAAUCACCAGUCUCCAAUCGAUAUCAUAGAUCAUCAGGCACAUGUUGGAGCGGAAUAUCAGGAAAUACGCCUGGUUGGCUUCGAUAAUGAAUCUUCUAACAAGACUUGGAUGAAAAAUACUGGGAAAACUGUUGCCAUCCUUCUAAAGGAUGAUUAUUUCAUCAGCGGUGCUGGACUACCAGGAAGAUUUAAAGCAGAAAAAGUUGAAUUUCAUUGGGGCCAGAGUAAUGGAUCUGCUGGCUCAGAACACAGCAUCAAUGGGAGGAGAUUCCCAGUUGAGAUGCAGAUUUAUUUCUACAACCCCGAUGACUUUGACAGCUUCGGGACAGCCAUCCAAGAAAAAAGGAUCAUAGGAACCAUGGCUGUGUUUUUUCAGGUCAGUCAGAGGGACAAUCCAGCACUUGAACCUAUUAUCCAUGGGCUGAAGGGGGUCGUACAUCAUGAAAAAGAGACCUUCUUGGAUCCUUUUGUGUUAAGGGAUCUCCUGCCAGCAUCUUUGGGGAGUUACUAUCGGUAUGCAGGGUCACUGACUACACCUCCAUGUAGUGAAAUUGUGGAAUGGAUUGUUUUCCGAAUGCCUGUCCCCAUCUCUUAUCGGCAGCUGGAAGCCUUCUAUUCCAUAUUUACCACGGAACAGCAAGAUCAUGUCAAAUCUGUGGAAUACCUACGAAAUAACUUCCGGCCUCAGCAGAGCCUGAACAACAGGAUUAUUUCCAAGUCGGCUGUGAAGGAUGCUUGGAACCAACUUUCAACCAGCAUGUUCGAAAAUCCAUUGGGCACUGAAGCCUCCAAAGUUUGCAGUACCCCUCCUGUCAAUAUGAAAGUGAAACUCGUUAACAGAACAGCCUUGCUGGUGACCUGGAACCAACCGGAGAUUAUCUAUCAUCCACCCAUUAUGAACUAUAUGAUAUCCUACAGUUGGAGUAAAAAUGAAGAUGAAAAGGAGAAGACGUUCACCAAGGACAGUGACAAGGACCUGAAAGCCAUCAUUAGCCAUGUCUCACCUGACAUCCUUUAUCUGUUCAGAGUUCAAGCAGUUUGCCGAAAUGACAUGCGCAGUGAUUUUAGCCAGACAAUGCUCUUUCAAGAUAACACAACUCGAAUUUUUGAGGGGACCAGAAUAGUAAAAACAGGAGUGAAUAAUGGGCAGAAUGGAGUGGUUGGAAAGAAAAAGAGAACAAAAGGAAAAAAGAGCCGAGGUAGCAUGUCAGGUACCUCUACUGAUGCUCUUUCUGCUGUGUUUUCUUCUCUUGUUCCCCCUCGUGAUUUCUUCAAGCCGACAGCUUCUCCAGCACCUUCAGCCGACAUGGCUCCCAUCAGUUCUGGGUCUUCUACUUGGACUUCCUCAGGCCUCCCCUUUUCUUUUGUCUCCAUGGCAACGGGGAUGGGGCCUUCCUCUAGUGGGAGCCAGGCUACAGUGGCUUCCGUGGUCACUAGCACCUUAUUGGCCGGUCUAGGAUUUAGUAGCAGUGGUAUUUCUUCUUUCCCUAGUACGGUGUGGCCAACCCGGCUCCCGACCUCUGCCUCGACUAAUAAACAGUCGGCCAGGCCAGUGGUGGCUACCACCGAGGCAUUGUCUUCUUCAGCACCAGACAGCGAUUCUGCUCUCACAAAAGACAAUGAAGGAGCUGAGGAUGGAGAGAAAGAUGAAAAAAGUGAAAGCGAGGAUGGCGAAAGAGAGCAUGAAGAAGAGAGAGAAAAGGAUUCAGAGAAAAAAGAGAAAAGUGAUGUGACCGAAGCUGCUGAAACACAGGAUAAUAGUGAAGCUACAAAUACCACUCUUUCUCCCAACAGAACUAUGGAGGAGGGAGGAAAUGAAACUAUAUCUGAUCAUGAGCAAAGCCAAAAUAUUGUACCAACAGGUAGGACUCCUGAAAGAGGAGAAGGAGUUACAGGAAUAGACACUGAGUUCAAUACAGUCAGUUCCACCCAAGUGCCGACACUAUUCAUUAAUGAACAAUAUACUGGUGAGAUUCCAAGAAGACCAGAAACAGCAUCAACGUCUUUACCAAAAGAUAACAGAUUUAUUACCAUUUAUCCAGCAGACAAGAAUAUUUCCAGCAUGACCAACAGACCCACUCGUGGCAAAAUGGAAUGGAUCAUUCCUCUCAUUGUGGUCUCAGCCUUGACAUUUGUGUGCCUAAUCCUUCUUAUUGCUGUGCUAGUUUACUGGAGAAAAUGUUUCCAGACAGCUCAUUUCUACGUAGAAGACAGCAGUUCUCCUCGGGUGGUACCAAACGAAACCGUCCCCAUUAUUCCCAUCCCAGAUGACAUGGAAGCUAUUCCUGUCAAACAGUUUGUGAAGCAUAUCGGUGAAUUGUAUGCCAACAACCAGCAUGGGUUUUCAGAAGAUUUUGAGGAAGUGCAGCGUUGUACAUCCGACAUGAACAUCACCGCUGAACAUUCCAAUCACCCCGACAACAAGCACAAAAACAGAUACAUCAACAUUUUAGCAUAUGAUCAUAGUCGAGUGAAACUAAGACCUUUACCAGGAAAAGAUUCAAAGCACAGCGACUACAUUAAUGCCAAUUAUGUUGAUGGUUACAACAAAGCGAAAGCCUACAUUGCCACUCAGGGCCCUUUAAAGUCAACAUUUGAAGAUUUUUGGAGAAUGAUUUGGGAGCAAAACACUGGAAUUAUCAUCAUGAUUACAAAUCUUGUGGAAAAAGGAAGAAGAAAAUGCGACCAAUACUGGCCAACUGAAAACAGUGAGGAAUACGGCCAUAUCAUUGUCACACUGAAGAGCACAAAAGUACAUGCUUGCUACACUGUCCGCCGCUUCACAGUCAGGAAUGCAAAAAUGAAAAAAGGGAAUCCCAAAGGACGUCAAAAUGAAAGGACAGUCAUUCAGUACCAUUACACACAGUGGCCUGACAUGGGAGUACCUGAAUAUGCACUUCCCGUGCUGACAUUCGUGAGAAGAUCCUCUGCAGCCAGAACUGCUGAGAUGGGUCCAGUAAUUGUACAUUGCAGUGCUGGUGUUGGCAGGACUGGUACCUACAUUGUAAUAGACAGUAUGCUGCAACAAAUAAAAGACAAAAGCACAGUUAAUGUCUUGGGUUUCCUGAAACACAUCAGGACACAGCGCAACUACCUCGUCCAGACGGAGGAGCAGUAUGUUUUCAUUCAUGAUGCCUUGUUGGAAGCCAUUCUAGGGAAAGAGACUGAAGUUUCUGCCAAUCAGUUACAUAGCUAUGUCAACAGCAUUCUCAUACCUGGCAUUGGAGGCAAGACUCGACUAGAGAAACAGUUCAAGCUGGUUAUGCAGUGCAAUGCAAAAUACAUAGAAUGCUUUAGUGCCCAAAAAGAUUGCAACAAAGAGAAGAACAGAAACUCAUCAGUAGUGCCAUCUGAGCGAGCAAGGGUAGGACUAGCACCAUUACCUGGCAUGAAGGGAACUGAUUACAUUAAUGCCUCGUAUAUCAUGGGCUACUAUCGGAGCAAUGAGUUCAUCAUAACACAGCACCCUCUGCCGCAUACAACUAAAGACUUCUGGAGAAUGAUCUGGGAUCACAAUGCACAGAUCAUUGUCAUGCUUCCAGAUAACCAGAGUUUAGCAGAAGAUGAGUUUGUGUACUGGCCAAGUCGGGAGGAAUCCAUGAACUGCGAGGCAUUUACCGUCACCCUUAUCAGCAAGGACCGGCUGUGCCUCUCUAAUGAGGAGCAGAUCAUCAUCCAUGACUUUAUCCUUGAGGCUACUCAGGAUGAUUAUGUUUUGGAAGUUCGCCACUUUCAGUGCCCCAAAUGGCCAAAUCCAGAUGCCCCAAUCAGCAGUACCUUUGAGCUUAUCAAUAUAAUCAAGGAAGAGGCCUUAACGAGAGAUGGCCCGACCAUCAUUCAUGAUGAGUAUGGAGCGGUGGCAGCUGGAACAUUAUGUGCUCUGACUACCCUGUCUCAGCAACUGGAGAAUGAAAAUGCUGUUGAUGUUUUCCAGGUGGCAAAAAUGAUCAAUCUGAUGAGGCCUGGAGUAUUUACAGACAUUGACCAGUACCAAUUUCUUUACAAAGCAAUGCUAAGCCUGAUCAGCACUAAAGAAAAUGGAAAUGGCCCCAUGACAAUGGACAAAAAUGGUGUUGUUAUGGCCAGUGAAGAAUCAGAUCCGGCAGAAAGUAUGGAAUCUCUUGUCUAAAAGGAAUACUUAAAGGCACUUAAUUUGUGGAAUUUCUGAAGACUGAACUUUUUGAGGCCUUUUUUGCCAGACUCUAGGUUAUACAAUAACCCAAUUACUUUUUUACACUGAUAAAAAGUUUUGAUAUUUAUUUUUGCCAUUUUACGUCUUAAUGGUAUCCUACUGAGCAUUUGCACCUCUGUUUAUUUCACACAGUGAAACACAAUUUAUCUAGUUUGCACUAUAUGAUCAGUGUUAACUGCCUAUUGAGAUAAUACAAAAGAAAACAAACAAAUCCUGAUGACAUUCCAUGACAACAGACACACUACUUAUUAGUUGAAAUACCAUGAUGUUUAAUUAAUUCUCAUAAGCCUUGGCUUUAUAAUCUUGGAUGCUAGGCCAGAGAAAUAUUUUUGAGUCACAUAAAAAAAUGCUGUACCCUUGACCUAUUCCAAUAUUCAUUGUUCAAUUUGCAUACUGUUAUAGUUCUUUUGUUUUCCAGUAACAUGGAUGAGUAGUGUUCUUCAUUUUCUCUCAAACUAGUGAUCGCUAGAUAAAUUUUGGGAAGCUACUGAAAUUCAGUUUAACAGCUGCUCUGCAUUGUCUGGAAUUCCUCUUUUGACUUCAUAAAGUUCAGUGAAGUGUUUUCUAUGAAACACAUAAAAUUAUAUUCCCAAAAUGCAAAGCAACUCAGAUUUGUGAUUCAGUUUCAGAUCUCGAAUUUAUACUUUCAUUAAUCCCCAGGUGUUUUUAAUCACAUUCUCAUUUCAAGAAAAUAUUUUGAUCAUAUUUCCACUAUGGACAAUUUAAUUACAGUGCAACAAUGUUCAAUCAGAUCAUUUUAUUCCAAAAGUAUUUAGCAAUAUUUCCAAUUCAUAUACAAUUCACAUUUACAUGUAUAGUUCCUUAAGUUUCUGGAACGGAACCACUGUCUUUACAGUAUGUUAUAUGAUGGAGAAAAGAAUUUCUUAAUUUCAUAGCUGUUAGAUGCCGUUUUUACAGGUGUGUAAUUUUCAUACUCUAGUGCUAAAACGUACUGAUCCAUAUUACUGGUGAAGCGAUCUAAUAAAAAAACUACCUAUAAGAUUACACUCUUCCUCUUUUUUUAACACAACUGAUUAGUAUGUACUUCCCAAUUUAAUAAUUUCAUUUUUCGAUACUCUACAUAAUAUUCUACAAAAUAAUCCUAUAUGUCUUACUCAAAAGUAAAUUACACUGAAUCAAUGUAUAUAGGAUUGCAACCUUAAUAUGUUUCACUCCCUUUGAAAAAAAAAUCUACUCAUUAUCUUUUAACAUUUAAUUUUUUGUUCCAAAUUACUUUAAAAAAUUGUGCUUUCCAAACGUCCCUUUACAUGGCUUUUAUGAGACAAAUUCAUGGAGAAUCCAUGGCUACUCAGUAGGAAGGCUACAUAUUAUCUCCAGUAUCAGAGGCAACAGGCUUCUCAGUUUCAGUUACUGGAGGAAAUGAUGGGGACAAUACUAUAUUUUGCUUAUAUUCUGCUUCAGGACGUGACAUUGGUACUGGUGGAAGAGAUAGCCUUUGAUCUUUAUCAGUACUGCUUUUCCUAUGUUUUUACAUUGCACAAAUGAGAAAUGAACUAGCUUCUAGUGAAAUACGAUCUUUUUAUAUAAGCUGAAGAUGUAGAGUAACUCAGUAGAUAUGACAGCAUUCGUUUUCAUAGCUAAAGAAAGUCUCCUUUGCACUUUUGAUUGCUACUCCUGAGAACACCUCAAACAUCAAAGAACAGACAAGUAGAUGUUUUCACGAAAGCCAUUAGAUACCACCUAAUGGCUAUCUGGAUUAGCUCAAUCAAAAAGCAGUUUGUGUGUUCUAUGAAUGGGUGAGGUUUAUUUAUCUCUGUUUCCGAUUCAAACUAGAUAAAAUAACGUGCCAGCAUAUGAAAGUAACAAGGUAUGAAAAUGGCGGACUGUAACAAACCAAAGUGAAGUUGCCUCAUCUAAAUGUUCUCUCUUGAGCUGUCAGGGUAGAAGUGGCUGCACUUAUGGAAAAGGAAUCCAAAAUUAGUCAAAACAAUUGGUAAAAGUAGAUAAAAACUGGACUGUACACAAGAAAUGGGUUGUCAGAUAUUCCUCCAUUUAAGGCAGGAGUUCCUAGCCCAUAAAAGGAAUCACAGAAUCAGUUAUAACUUAGCAUUUUCCUAGGUAUUUGACUGGCAUAUAGUUAUUAUUUUCCCUAUUGUAUGAAUUCCAAUUCUAAAAUGGUAUAUUCCAAACAUUUAUUAACUCAGUAAGAACAAGAUCAUUGUAUAUCCUAUAUCUUCAUUUCUUCAUUAACAAAACAUACUUUGAAUAGUUCCUCUAAAGCAUACUGAAAAUUCUGUAAUUUUCAUGUUCCAAAACAUAGUCAGUCUAGUGUUAAUUGCAUUAAACAGCUCCAACCAUUGCUAUAAAAAUUAUAACAUAGAAUCUAUUAUGCAAUAUGCGGGGUCCUUGCAGUCCUUGCUCUUCUUGUUAUACAUGUUUGCAGAAUAAAACUACUUUCUUUGAAAAAUGUUAACGUAAAUAAAUAUAAUUAGAAUAUUCACUAUUCAAAAUAAAAUGCGCACAUUCUUAGCAGAUAUAAAGGCCCAUCCCCAUUGAUAAAAUAGAACUUUGCGACCUUAUAUCCAAUGAAAGAAGACAAUCCCCUUUUUAAAGAUUUCUAAUACUGAACAAAUCAGUUUUUACGUAAACCACCAUUUUUUAAACAUUUCACAACUAAAUCUCAAGGAACUGGAUGACUUUAAUUCUUAAUUAAAUUGUGGCUACUGCCUUAGAUAUAUAAACACACAUGCACACACAGUAAUAUUCUCUCCACCAAUCAAAUCUAAAUACUAUAUGUAUAAAAGCAAAACUAUUUCUUAAAAUAUAUUGUCCUUAACUGUAUUUUAAAAAUAGGAAGAUUUAAUAAAGCAAGGAAAAUAUCCAGCAAAGUGAGAGCUACGCUAACAUUAUGGCAUGUAAGUGCAAUCAUAAAAAUAAGUGAUGGAUACUGCUGUCCAUUUAAAUUUGCUAUUCAAAUUAUUAAUGUGGGGUUAAAGAAAAUGCCUAAAAUUUGCUAAAUUCCAUUGUGAACCUUUCUUUGAUACUGAGAUAAAUGAAUUUCAUAACGUUAUAAGAACCAUACACAUAUCACACUAAAAGCCAUUUGAUGGCUACAAUCUUCUCAAUUAAAAAAACGCACAGUCUCAGUUCUACUGCAUUUUCAUAAAUUGUACUUAAGUAUUAGUAUCCUAAUACUUUUUUAUGCCAUUUUAUGUCCCAACCCUAUUUUUUAAGGGCCUAAAGACAUGGGUGUGGCAAUCAGCUUGGGGCCCCAGUAGGGGAUCAAGGCAGUGGAGGUGAUUUAUUGAGUAUCUCCUCCCCACCACUGCCCUGCCGUCCCCAUGUGUCUUAAGCUUUGAUUUUAACAUUUUUGUUUUAACUGAAUAUAAUUGUAAGUCCCCCAGAAUUACCCUAUGGUAAGAUGGACAGCCAAUAAAUUUUAUAAAUAAAUAAAGAGGCACACCACACAUCAAGGACAUCAAGGACUGCAGUGCAACUACCAUUAAUGAACAUUGUUCAGAAAAUUACAACUAUUAAACACAAUCACAAUUUCAAUUGCUUCCCACUCAAAUUAUGUCAAAAAAAUAUUGGUUCCACAGGUAAAAAACGUGUUUUUGAUUUUUCUAUUUUCAGUUGAACUUUUGAUUUUUGAUGGAAUGAAUGUGCUCUACACUUCAAUCACUAUUUCCUAACAGUAAAUCUAAAUGUGGAUCGUAAACUCUGUAUCUACUGUAGCCAGAUGAUUUUCAAAAUCAAUGCCGUUUGCUUUUUUAUAAUAUUUUUUAUUAAAAUUCACAAAUAUAAAAAUAAUGCAAAGUAAGAACAUGAAAAAUAAAAAGUGCAGAGAAAAGAAAAAAUAGAGUAAAAAAAUAAAAAGUAUACAUAAAGAAAUGACUCUCCCCUCCCUCCAUACAAGGUCAGGUAGCUUCAGUAAUUUAUUGCCUUUUCUGAUAUUUCAAUAAAAGCUCUCCUCUUCCCUACCUCAUCUCUUAUGAAAAGACAAUUAUCAAAUCUUGUCAUUCAGUCCCAAUCAGCAAAAGUCAAUUAAGAGCUACCAGGGAUAAAUAAAAUAUAUAUUUUAACCAUAAUGGAAUAAGUAACAGUACUCCAUGAUGUCAUGCUAUCCACAUGACCGUGGAAAUGUCUUCGGACAGCACUGGCUCAACAGCCUUGAGAUGGAGAUGAGCACCGUCCCCAAUAGUUGGCAACAAAUAGAGGAGUAAAAUCCGCAGGGACUUCUUUACCUUUUUAAUCAAAUAAGUCAAUUUUACAUUCUUUUAACAUGGUAACUUAUCAUUUUCUCUAAAAAUAUGACAAAAGAAAUCUUUUCUCAUCUCUUCUCUGUUAUCUAUAAACAAAUCUUUAAAGCUUUGUCAUUUGGUCCUAUUAAAAACAAAUCCAUUAACCUGAAACAAUGUAUAUUUUAAACUUGAUCAAAUAAAUCUUAUAUUUCUUCCAUUUAUUUUUUUAAAAUCUUGAUUUUUUUAAUCCCUUCAAAUGAUGUCCCUCCAACUGAUUUCUUAUAAUUUCUUUGUCUCCUCAGAAACUCCUUCAUUAGUAUAAUUUGUCUCUUUUGUAAAUCCAAGAUAAGAAAGUUACCCAAAAACUUUGAAAGUUAUCCAGAAAGUUAUCACUUUUCAGAUUUAGUCAUAUGUCCCAUUUAAUUAAAGAUAUCAGCCAGUUUCAUUUGUAAAUUCAGUUUGGCAUCUUUUUCCAUAUUAUUCUUGCAGUCCAGCAUUUGUAAAUCCACUUCAGAUCCACAUUCAAAUCAGCACUCAGCCUCUAUUUUGUCCAAUAAAAUCUGUUCCUCUUCAAUAGCCCCUUUAAAAUCCAUUUUUAUAAUGGCAAUCUUAAGAGUAAUUUCUGAGUGCAUUGUUCCCAAUUAACCUUGAAUCCUACAUUCAAAUAAUAUUGCUCCAUUAUUUUAAUAAUUCUUUUCUCCUUUCAUUGUAAUCUUUAAUUCUCUCUGGUUCCUUCUAGUCAGCUUCCAAAGUCUCCUCUUAUCAGGUGUUUUGUUUUAUUCCCCUAAUCAAUAAGAUUUUCCCACACUAGGAUUUCUUAGACUGAGUUUCAAACACUUCAUAUACUUUUUAUAAACUUUUAAACAAUCCAUAGGAAAUUAUUUCAAUUCCAUCCGGUCUUUUAAUCUUAUAACUUUCGAAAAUCAAUAUUAUACAGUAAUCAUAUUUUUGCUGUUUAUUCAAAAAAAAAUUUUUUUAAGAAUUUAAAAAUUCUUUUUAAAGUCCUUAAUCUUUCACAUAACCUCAUUUAUAAAGGAUGAAGAAACUCACCCAGUUUAAUGAAACUUGUCUUGUGAAGGUUCUUAACAUCAAAAAGCCAUUAAUAAACCAAAUUAAGGCAUUUAAGAGAGGGAGUAACAGAAUAACAAUUUGGAAGGGACCUUGGAGGUCUUCUAGUCCUGCAAAUCCAGUGUCCAUUUAAAGGCACUGAACCAUGGCAAAAGCAAACUGAUUUUCCCCCAGUACUAAAAUACACCUAAAACUGAUGACUUAUGCUGUCCUCAGGAGUCAUCGUAUGGAGCACAUGUAAGCAAUCCUGGCCUCUCCUUGCUCUGGAGAGGAAUUCUGAGGAGCCAAUCCAUUCACCAGCUUCUCUUUCUGCCAUGGCUGUCAGCUCUAUUUUCCAUGGAGCUGUCAUCAGUCUGCUAUUGCUUCCCCAGGAGUCCAAAAUAAAUAUAAUUUGAACUGGGUUUUCAGUACUCAUGUAGAAUCUGGUCCACAGAUGUGUAACCCCAUUUAACAUGUAAUAAGCUUCCACUUAAUAUUCAUUCAUUUUCUUUAUCAUUAAGCUUAACAUUGCAAGCAAAGAGAUUAACAAUAACAGAAGAGGUGCUGUUCAAGAUUAAAUGUAAGAAUGAACUCCACAAAAUAAUUUCACUGUGAUAUGAAAAACUGCACUACUGGGGUUACAUUUCUCAUUUUGUUUUAAAAGAGAGUAACAUAAGCUCCAAAACAAAGACCUAGAGCAGUAAUAGAAGAAAAAUAGUGAGUGCCUAAUUCAAUUAACAUUUAUAUUUUUGUUAUGUAAAUAGCAGCAUAAAAGCCUGAGGAGGCUCAGAACCAUGAAGGCAUACAAAAAGUUAUUCUGCAAAUGUCAGACCCACCAUUAAAAUGGGAGUUUGGGAAAGCAUUUUUUUUUCCAGAAUUAUGGUAGAGCAUAUAGUAGAAACAACUGCUACCAUCUCAUUUUUCUUGAGUACCAGUUAUGCAUGCUUCUUAUUAGGUAUUUAUGUGACAAAAAUAUACACAUUAGUUGUAUUCGCAUAAUUAAUAAUUGGAGUCAAUGGAGCAGAUUGAUUAAAAUUUGACUCCCAUUAGGUUCAAUUUACUUUAAGCACAACCAACUUCUGGAUUUUGUGGCUGCUUCCAGAUAAAUGCUUAACAGGGUUUAGUCCUUUACUGUUCAUGUUACAAUUAUACUCUGCCUUGCUCUUCAGGAUAGGUCUUCUACCUGUUUAUGAAAAGAUUAUUGUAGAACUGCUCAUUGAUAUAAGCUAUAAAUGUAAAUGAACAAAUAAGUAGCCUCACAAUUCUUAUAUUGCUACUCAUCCUUCCUGCUAGACUCAAGUUCUAUUCACUUGUGGGUAAAAAUGAGUUCUAAAUGCUGAUUAACUUGUAAGCCUGAGUGCUUUAUUCAAAAGAACUGGAUCUCUGGGUGUUACAAAAGUCAUCUGGAAUUAAGAAAACAUAGUUAUAACAUAGAUAGUAUCAAACACAAGACAUUUUUAUGCAGUUGGAUACUCACCCCAAGGUCCAGAGUUCUCUACUAAAUUCCAGUAUAUUGAAAUAUCUGAAGCUCAUUCGCAUUGUACAGUCUUUAUCUCAAAUAUAUGGUUUAUUUUGUAUUGUUGAAUCAAGUUAAUGUUAGUAGCCCGUUGUAUUAAUUCAUCAAUCAUUCAUAAUGCUUUUUUUUAUUCUUAAUCAGCUCAGAAUAUAAACAUAAUCACUAAGAUAUAUAUAGGAGGAAAAGUAUUCAAAUCUAUUCUAAUUGGGAUUAUAAUGCGAAGAGCAAAACUUGUUUCCCAAUGCUUCUAAACGAUUUCUUUAAGCUGAAGAAGACUGAUUGGAAAGUACCAAACUAUUCUCCCUUUCCUUUUUCAUGACACAGCACAAUGAUUUGCUAUAAAUGCCUGUUUUCUUAUAAAGUGCUAUUCUUUUUUAAAAUAGAGCUAUUCGUUUUACCAAAGAAGCUUAAUACAAAUCCCUAGCAAAAAUAAUAGUCCAAUUAUAGGAGGGGGAGGGGACAGGAAAUGUUAUGAAAUGAAUGAAUUAGCAGCCAUGCUUUCAAAAUUUAUUUUCUUCUCCUACCCAUUCCCAUUAUUGAUGCUUAUGACAGUGAAUUUUAUAUCAACUGGAAAUGCAUUUCUUUUUGGUUGCAGGUGUAAUUCUCUACUCUGGCUCAUGUAUCGUUUGAGUUUUCUCUUUUGGUUGCCAUUAUAAACAAUACCAGCUACACCCAACAGUGUAGGGCAGGCAUACAAAGGGUGGGGGGGACACACACACAAAGAAAGACAAACCACAAUAAAAAUACUUGGCCUCAGACAUUAUAGUUUUAGCUAUUUGACUGUUUUUAGUAUUUUUGUUAGAUAUUUGAAACGGAACCCUUUUCUACAGAGGAUAAUUAAUUUCAAGAAAAAGUGUCUUGAGUUUUGAGAAUAAACAUGUCUCCAAAAAAGGAGAUAAUCAAUUUUAUAAAAUGUCACAACUCUCCAACAUUUGGGGUGGUGACUUUUUUGUUGUUGUUAAACCUUUGAAACUAGCAAGCAGCCAUUGUUUCUAAAGAACUAAGUGUUCAUCUCUAGCCAUCCUUUUCAUUUCACUCAUUUUUAAAUAACAGAAAUCAUUACAACUGUAAAUAUUUUGUUGCUUAAAUAAGCAUCUUCUGGGAACUUUGUAUCAAUGGUAUAUAAUCAUAGAAUUUUAUAUUUUCAUAUAAAGCUAAUUUUUUUCUAGUUUCAACUUCAUUUCUUUCCUUUUGUGGUGGAUAUGUGACAACAUCUUUUAUGUGUACUAAAGUAGUGAAAUGCCAUCACAUUCCAAAAACGAUUCAACACAGGUUAUUUCUUUGGAACAGUGAUUGUUGAUGCUGGAUUUUCUUUAAUUUCCAUUGUCAGUGUGUGCAAUAGGAAUUAGACUUAACCAGUCACUGGAUAAGUUUAUCUCUUUGACCCAUUGGGGAAAUGUGGUAUUUGGUUUUAGGGGAAUUCUUAAUUUUGUUUUUGUUUUCUUUUUUGUAACUUGAAGAAUUUCCAUUUUGUUAUGUUUAAAAGUAUAUUAAAUCAUUCUAUUAUAGUGUUAUUUAAUAUGUAAAUUGUAUUGCUAUACAUAAAAUAAAGUAUGGUUUUU